ACCAGAGGAGCCCGAUUAUUCUCCACCAUCUCUCCAACCAAAACCACCACCUCACUCCAUCCCCUCAAACCAGCCCGCUCCGGCGAUGUUGGUCCAUCGGCCCACCCAUCUCGUUCCGGCCACAAAACCAAUAUCCGGCCGGACCUUGCUGGACCGUGACACCGCCCUGUUUAGCCCUCUCGAGCGCAACCCGCAGUCCCUCAAGGGCUGGAAGAAGAGAGAGGCCGACGGCGUCGGGCUCGGCAUCGUGGCUGCUCUCGAGAAGGCUCGACCGUCAAAGAUCGUCGUCACUGCCCGCCGGAGCUCAGCUCCUGUCAUCGUCAUCACCCCUUUGCGGAACGCGAAGGCCGCCGGAGAUUUUCCGGUGGCAGAGUUCCUCAGUUGCUGCAACUUAUGCAGGAAGAGAUUGGACGGCAAAGAUAUCUACAUGUACAGUGAUUGCAGGGGGGAGAAAGCGUUUUGCAGCAAGGAGUGCAGGUAUCAGCAAAUAGUAAGCGAUGAGUGCACGGAGAAAUGUGUAUCUGGAGUUCUUAGACCGUCAGAAAUGUCGGCCUCGCCGUGCUCCGGCGAUCGCCGCCGGCUAUUCUUCACCGGAAUCACGGUGGCAUAACUGCGCAUCAAUAUAGAGAGGAGGAUUACGGCGGCAAUCGCAAGAGGGCAACAUAUAUAAUUGUAUACUACCAAAAUUUUUGUCAAUAUAUAUUACUUUUUGCUACCAUCCAUUUGAGGAAUUAUAUAUAAA